UCCCUCUAAACGUAGCCCUCCCUCCCCGGAGUCGCCGGCGCCGCUCCCUCCCGCCGCCGCGCCAGGGGAUGAUGCUGCCCGGGCAUGCCUUGUGCCGCGCUGAACAAGGACUGUUUGAAGAUGCUCCAAGGAAACUUUUAUUUAAUUUCUUGGUUGUUAUAUUCGCUCUGGAGUUUGUCAACGAAACCGAUUUGAUUGCCAAAACAUCGGCUCUAAUGGCUCCUGACACUCACACUCCUAUAAUGUCUCCUUCACAACAAUGGAGUUCGGUUCAGCCCAUGGUAUCCCAAACCAAAGUUGUCACAACAAGUAUUGCAAUGAGUCAGCAUAGACAAAAGAAGCCAUAUUUAUCACCAUCAGCUCUAUCAUCUGUGCACUCUCCUUUCUCUGUGCCGAGCAAUAGCUCCAUCUCUGGUGCCUCUGACCUCGCCUUUGAUUCCUUGGACCUGUCUGAUCCUUCGGUGCAGCGUAACAGGCGCUCAGCAGAAGAUAUUCCUCAUCACAUGGAUGCUGCUCUCCCUGAUGCAGCUCCAAAUACUAGUGCAGUAUCUCCACAAGAUGGCUGUUGUGCUCCGAACAUGGUACAGAGACGAGGUAGCCAGAACUGCCAAUGUGUUUACCCAAUAAGAGUUGAGCUCUUUCUUCACAAUGUUUCCUUGAAUUCAAACUGGAGCACUGAAUUUCUUGAGGAGCUUGCAUCACAGCUCAACUUGCGGGUUACUCAGUUUGAGAUUGUAAAUUUCUAUGUUGUUGGAACCUCUGGGCUAAAUAUGACAAUUGACAUAGGUCCACACACUGGAAAUAGCUUCUCAUCCGACCAAGCUACUGCGAUGAAUUAUUCUCUUAGCAUGCAUACAGUUCGGAUCAAUCCAGUACUGGUUGGGGACUACAGUCUUGUUAAUCUAAUGUGGUUCAGGCCAGUGGCUCCAGCUCCUGGGCAUGGAUACUCAAAGACUGAAUUUUCCACAGGGCAUGGAUACUCAAAGACAAGAAUAAAAAUAUAUGCAAUAGCAGGCAGCUCGAGCAUAUUUAUGCUUCUUUUUGCAUUGUGGUUGGGCUACACGAAGUGCAGAUCCAAAAGGAAAUCAAAGGAGAGAGCAAAGAUUGAGUCCUUCCUACAAAAAAAUGGAACUAUCCAUCCAAAAAGAUACACUUAUGUGCAAGUGAAAAGAAUGACGAGAUCUUUUGCUGAAAAGCUAGGUCAAGGUGGAUUUGGUGCUGUUUACAGAGGCGACCUCUCUGAUGGUCGUCGGAUAGCAGUCAAAAUGCUAAAGGACUACAAGACCGAUGGGGACGAUUUCAUCAAUGAGGUAGCUAGCAUUAGUAGAACUUCUCACGUUAACGUUGUUACUCUCUUGGGAUUUUGUUUGGAAGGAUCCAAAAGGGCACUAAUUUAUGACUAUAUGCCUAAUGGUUCACUUGAAAAGUAUGCCUUCAAAGAUGGCUAUAAAGGUGGAAAUACUUUAGGUUGGGAGAAAUUGCUUGAUAUAGCAGUGGGCAUUGCUCGAGGACUCGAAUAUCUCCACAGAGGAUGCAAUACCCGCAUAGUGCAUUUUGAUAUCAAGCCCCACAAUAUUCUAUUGGAUCAAAAUUUCUGUCCAAAGAUUUCUGAUUUUGGACUAGCCAAGCAGUGCAUCAAUAAGGAAAGUGUUAUUUCCAUUGGUGGUGCAAGAGGAACAAUAGGCUAUAUAGCCCCCGAGGUUUAUUCGAAGCAAUUUGGAGCAGUAAGUACCAAGUCUGAUGUUUACAGUUACGGAAUGAUGGUUCUUGAGAUGGUUGGGGCAAAGGAUUAUAAGAAUAUCACUCCAAAUAGUGAAUCUAGCAGCCAAUAUUUCCCACAAUGGAUUUAUGAACAUUUAGAUGAAUAUUGUGUUAGUGCUUCUGAGAUUAAUGGAGAGACCUCGGAGAUUGUAAGGAAGAUGAUAGUGGUUGGGUUGUGGUGCAUACAGUUGAGUUCUACAGAUCGUCCAACGAUGACUAGAGUUGUCGAGAUGCUUGAAGGGAGCACAAUUAACAUCGAAUUGCCACCAACGGUGCUCUUUAGUUGAUAGGUUUGUAUCGUUCUCCGGCACUUGCUCAAGUAUUUGCAUAAUUUGUGAGAAAGUCUGGAAAAUUUUAAUUUUCAGAAUAUGGACUGAAAUUUUAAA